AUGGCUGCACACCCGCGGUCCUUCCAUUCCGCCGCGCCUCCCCUCAUCCCCGCCUCUCCGCCACCCCCGCAGCUCCCGUUCACCCCUCCGCCAGCGGCUCCCUCUCCCCCGCCUCCCGCCAACUUUGCGCCACGCCCGCUUUCCGCCCCGCACCCGCUCUCCGCCCCGCACCCGUUCUCCGCCCCGCCGUAUCCGCUUUCCGCUUCGCCGCAUCCUCUGCCCGUCCCCGCGCGCAAGCCUGCAGCGAAAUGGGUCCGCCAGUGGUGGGUGAGCAUAGCAGACAUCAUCGAGGGGGAGCACUACCACCCCGCCCUGCGCCAGUCAGCCAGGGAUCUGAAGGCACGGUUUGCCUGGGAGCGCCUGGAGAGUCUGGUGAAGGGCGGUGCCGGAACAGAUGCAGAGAUAGCAGAAGCUGCCCGGAAGUUGGUCUCACUCAACUGA